AAGAGAUACCUACGGAUGCUGAUUUUAGCCAUCUACACGAAUGAGGAAGACCCUCAGACGAUCACAGAAUGUUACCAGUUUAAGUUCAAGUACCUGGUGAGCGGGCCCACCAUGGACUUUGCAAGCAACAACAAGAAAAUCAGCAGCACUGUGAGCUGUUCGGACACGAAGAAAGCCAGUAUCUUGCUGAUUCGCAAGCUCUACGUCCUGAUGCAGAGCCUGAGACCCCUCCCCAACGAUAUCUGCCUGAAAAUGAAGCUGUCCUACUAUGAUGAAGGUAAUGUACUGCGUCGCUGUGUGUGCAUGUUCACCCACCGCCCCUCUCUGCCUUGCUGUGUGACGUGGGCAAUGAUAAAGCCCUCUCUUCUCCUCUCGCCAUCGCCAUAG